GGCCGCGCCUCCCGCCCCGACCCUGCCUCCCGCAGCCCGCCGAGCCCCGCUGCGGAAACGGCGCCGUGUGUCUGCCCCGCCGUGUCUGCCCCGCUUAGGCUGAGUUUUGGGCUCGGUACAGGGGCUCGGUACCGUGUUAACCCCCUCUGGAGUCCAAAUUGUCACUUAAACCCCGAGCCCUUCGGGUUCAGUCGGUGCUUUCCGUUUUGCUGGCACCGUUUUCUCGGCUCGGCCGGGCACAGCGCCCCGGUGACGCCUGUCUGUCCCGUAUCUCCUGGCUGUCCCCUCGAGCAAGGGGUCCCCGGCUUGGCAUCCAUCCCCCGUGUGCCUUUGGCUCCCCGCCUCCUGCCCGUGUGCUUUUUCCCUAGAGCCACCCUUGCACCCUGCCUUGCCCUUCUGCGCAGCAAAGCUUUGAGGAUGGAGUUCAGGGUUUUCUUUGGUUUCCCCAAGCUAUGCAACAGUAUUGUAGUUUUGAUACUGUUUUUGAGACCUGAGAGGUGAGGUUUAUUAAUAUGCAUCAUUAACCUGUCUAAAGGAUGGAGCACCUGUAAUAAGCACAGACUUAUCCAAGUGGCUUGUACACAGUUUGGAAUAGGCACCUCUUCUUCACUCUGUGUUUGCACAGAGUCUAAUUCAGUAGGGUCCAAUUUGUUGUUCAGUGAUACAAUUAUAAACAGUAAAUAUUUUUAUCUUUCUAUAACGUGACUUUAAAGCUGCAUAAAAAUCUUUUUUGGCAUAGCAGCUGAAUUCUAACUGACACUGCUCUUUUCUACUCUGUUGUGGCAGACACCAGCUGCUGCAUUGAGGUAACUGUUGUUAUUUAUUUACUAGUAAGAUCUGUAGGAAGGGCAGAGUUUAACAGAAUGCACACUUUCAACAAUUCAGUACGUUUUUACAGCUAUCAUUUUAAGAGCAUUUUAAAAUUCAUUCCACUGUGAUGCAUUUUUUAAGUCAUGCUUCGCUCUGAUUCUUAAAAACUUCCAGGGAACCUGAAGUUUUGCCUUCUGAUUCUGAACCAGCCUUUCAACAAAGGUCAUUUCCAUUGUCUGUGGAGCAGAGCAGCCUUGAGAGCUUGUGCUGAUGGAGGUGCCAAUCUUCUCUACCACAUCACAGAAGGGAGCCAGGAAAGCUUCUUGCCUGAUUACAUCAGUGGUGAUUUUGAUUCCAUUCUGCCUGAAGUCAAGGAGUACUACAAGGUCAAGGGAUGUGAGUUAAUUGAGACCAUGGAUCAGGACCUCACAGAUUUCACCAAGUGCCUUCAAAUACUCCAGAAAAAGAUAGAGAAGAAGGGCCUCCAGGUCGAUGUGAUUGUGGCUCUUGGUGGACUUGGAGGACGCUUUGACCAAACAAUGGCAUCUGUGGAAACGCUUUUUCAUGCAACAAAUAUCACUCCUUCUCCAGUGAUAGUUAUCCAGGAGUGCUCGCUGAUUUACCUGCUUCAACCUGGCAAGCACAAGCUGCAUGUGGACACAGGACUGGAGGGCCCCUGGUGUGGCCUCAUCCCCAUCGGGAACCCCUGCGAGAGUGUGACCACGACAGGCCUUAAGUGGAACCUCACUAACCAGGUGCUGAAGUUUGGAACACUCGUCAGUACUUCCAACACCUAUGACAACUCCGGGAUUGUGACCAUCGAGACGGACAAACCUUUGCUGUGGACAAUGGCUAUCAAGAGAUAAGAUCAGCUACAGCUGCCUUUUCUGAUCUGACAAGACUCAAAUUACUACAAAAUUUCACUGAGUUAAGACAGUGAAGCUACUGCAAGAUAUAAGCAGGCACUGAUUGUAUUGAAUGAAAAACAACUCUGAAAUAAAAGUCACUUGAGAUUGAAUCAAAA